AAGGUCUAUCUAUGAUGGCCAUUAUUACAUUUGUCUUUCUUUUCAUGUUCUUCUUUUCUCACACACAUGGCGUCUAAUUCUAAUUUGAAUGGCGACAGGAUGGUUUACUUUGCCGCGGGAGUAUCGCUAGUAUUCAUGGUAUAUUCUGUCCUGCGUCAUGCCUCUGCUCUCUUUGAAAGCGAAGCACCCAAACCCCGCAAUAUCCUUGGCAUGGUUGAGGAUAAAAUCAAAAUGGAAUCGUUGGCAAAACUUGCACGGUCAGACAGCAUUGUGCUACAGGGGAGUUCUGUCCGCAUCCUUCUUAGCCGAGCAAUGCGUGAGCCAAAUCUACGGUUUAUCCUUGAUACCGUUGCAGAAUCCGAUAUUGAAGAAGAGCGAUGGAAGGCUAUUACAACUCUUCAAUUACUAACAAGAAAUGAAAGCAAUCGUCAAACUCUAGUUGAUGCUGGAGCACUUUUGAUUCUGGUCAAUUCAUUAAAGGAUCCCAAGAAUAGAGAGAAAUCACACCGCUACGCUGCAGUAUCAAUAUGCGAAUUGAUUUCGGGAUCAGAGGAUCGGCGGAAACAAGUCGUGCAGUAUGGGAUUUUAGAGCCUCUAUCACGGUUCUUGAUCAAGGUUGAACCAGCUAACGAACUUCAAUACUGGUCACUCAUGGUUGUUCAUCAACUAGCGGCAAGCGAUGCGCUACAUCCCCAGUUGAUUAAUGCUGGAAUGAUCAGGAUAUUAGCAGAGAUGUCGCGGUUAUCAUUCGGAAAUGCGAAUAUGCCCAAGAUCUGUCUUCAAUCGCUGGUCCGAUUGAUAGUGACCAUUGAAUAUGAAUCUGUAGUUCGGUGGUAUCUUUCAGAUCUGUUGGAAUAUGAUAUCGUACCUCUGAUCGCCAACUACAUCCGUAGUGAUGAUUUUGAAUUAGUAUACUGGGCUUUGGCGCUUAUGUAUGAAUUUGCUAUCAAAGGGGUAGCACUAGAUGAGUUCAAGGAGAUGCGAGGCAUAUGUAGAUCCAUUAAUGCGUUGCUAGCUGCAGACGAGGCAUAUAUCUCUAGGAUUGUGCUACGGACUCUCAAGUUCAUGAUGCUACAGGAUGAUGCGUUUCAGCUUCAAGCUUUGAAUGCAGGGAUCGGCUUCAGACUAGGAAAAUGUCUAGCGUCCAAGGACGACGAUGUCAAGUACUGGGCACUCAGUAUCGCUCACGAAUUUGUUCUACACUCCCAAUGGCGACAGCAGUUUAUAGAGACUGGCGCAUUUGGACAAGUCAUCAACAUCGGACUCUCAUCUGUUUCGAGGAAACCACUUAAAGCUGCAAGUGAGAUUUUGCCAGCCAAAGAGUAUAUCAUGGAUAUUCUCGUGAUAAUUUGGGGAUCCAGAAACCAUCUGGAACUACUUUUAGGCAUGCGGGGGCUCGCCGAGGCUACCUGUGUAUUUUUGCAGAUGGAGAAGCGGACAAGCGACUUGUCACAAAGUCGGCUAGCAGCAGUGAUGGCAGAAAUCGCCAGAUUCACGCCCACGUUGGACCGCAAGUUGACUCGAUAUGGCGUUAAUCUUAAUGUGCUUGAUAGAUCACCCAAUAGUUCUGGAGUUUUGAUUACUUAGAAUAAAAACCAUACCAAAAGAG